AUGAGUAAGAUGACAGCGGCGAGAUGGCGAAAGCAUUGUGCUCAAGAGGAUCUCCUCGCUCGUGCACAGCCAAGACGCAGAGCCCCUCUGGAAAGGAGCUCAUAUCUUGGCAAGCGUGGAGAUUAUAUUCGCUACCUGCUCUUGCUCGUGCUCAUUUUAGUAUUCGCCGUUAUUCCGAAUAGCUUCUGGGGUUUCUACUCUCCUAGAGCUCUAUGGAAUCUUAUGCCUAGUCAGAACAGCAUUAUUAUUCACGAUCCAGAGAAUUUCGAUUGGGAAACAAUUACACCAUCAUCAAAAUUAAGCUUUCAUUCUUGCUAUAGAUCAUUUGAAUGUGCUCGUCUUGAAGCACCACUCGAUUGGAAUAACCAAUCGACUGAUUUGAGACGUGUGGCAAUAGCAUUGAUCAAACUUCCAUCAAAAGUACACGCGAGUGAUCCACGACAUGGUGGUUCUGUCAUCAUCAAUCCAGGUGGUCCAGGAGGCUCGGGUAUCAAUCUUGCCAGGAAUCAAGCACGUCAUCUACAAACUAUCGUAGACUCUCCCUCAAAUUUGGAUGAUACCAGUAGCACCGAAACCACUAACAAGUAUUUCGACAUUGUCUCGUUUGAUCCGCGGGGAACAGGUUUUACAACUCCUUCUUUUAUAUGCUUUCCAGAUGCUGCUCAACGAAUGAAUUGGAAUAUCGCUUCGGAUGCGGAAGGGUUAUUGGGGAGCUCCAGUGUAGCUUUCAAACUUAUGUGGGCGAGAAAACGCGCCCUUGCUGAUGCUUGCUAUACACGUAUGAGUGUUGAUGAGACAGGAGAAGAUGGCUUAGGAGCACACAUGAAUACACCUGUUGUUGCAAUGGACAUGAAAGCGAUCGUGGAAGCCUUAUCUAGAUCAAGAGAAGAAUCCCUAAUCCCAGAUCGAGAAUACACUAAAUCAUCGCACAUUGGAUCUGUAAAUAAGAUUCAGUACUGGGGUUUCUCGUAUGGAACCCUACUAGGCACGACUUUUGCAGCUAUGUAUCCAGGCUUCGUUGGCCGUAUGGUUCUUGAUGGCGUGGUUGACACUGAUCGCCACUACGCCGGCACCUGGGAUGGGAAUCUUGAAGACACAGACGCUAUCAUAAACAAGUUUUCAGAGUAUUGUUUUGAAGCAGGCCCCGAACGCUGCGCUCUAUACUCCAGUAGAGGUUCAGAAUACAUUCACGGUCUUUUAGACGACAUCAUCGCUUCCGUUACAGAUGCUCCCAUUCCAGUAUCUAUUUCUGACGUACGUGGACCCGAGAUUAUCACGAGUAGCGAUGUGAAAGGCGCAGUUCGAUUAGCCUUAUACUCACCAUUCGAAGAAUUUGAAAGACUGGCAAGGAUUAUGUACGAUAUCUCACAAGGAAAUGGUACCCUUCUUGCAGAUUCCAAGUCGACUGAAUAUCCAUGGCAGAAUCUUCAGCCAAGCUGUCGUUCGAGUGAUCCAUACUCCCCGUAUUGCUUCUCCCCGCCUGUCGACUAUGCCGAGGAAGUUGUUGGGGCCAUCUCGUGCUCUGAUGGACCGGACCAAACUAAUAUGACUGCCACCGGUUUCCUGGAAUAUUGGCAGCGAGUAAGGGAAGAGAGUAUUUAUUUGGGCGAUCGGUGGGCAAAAAACCGGAUGUUGUGUGCUUUUUGGAAGCUGAGGCCAAAACUUACAUUCACAGGUCCCAUUGAAGGCUCAACCUCGGAGCCAAUUCUAUUUGUCUCGAACACUCUAGAUCCUGUCACAUCUCUUGCAAAUGGUCAAAAUAUGAGUAAGAGAUUCAAUGGAUCGAGACUUCUACAGCAAGAUUCAGAAGGUCAUUUAUUCCUCUCGACGCCUUCGAUCUGCAGCGCUAGGAUUGUAAGGCAAUAUUUUCAAACAGGUGCACUUCCAGAAGUUGGAACAAUAUGCCCUGUGUACGAUAGAGCAUUUGGCUUAUCUGGUGAGGGACAUUCGACUAUUCUGGAAUAUGGAGAUGACAUUUUGCUUAAGGCUUUGAGGGCGAUAGCCAAUAGUAUGUGGUGA